AUGUCCUCCGCCACAUUCCACUUCCCGACGCCUGCGGUGCGCGCGCUGCUCACGCUGGCGCUGGACUUCCACAAGAGGAUGUACGCGCCACUACCGUGGGGGUACUAUGGCAGCGUUGUCCACUUCACCUGUGUGCACGCCGACCUCGACGCCGGGUUGCCCGCCGUCACGGCGGCGCUAGACCGCCAAGUUGUCGGUGUGCUAGAGGACGAGCUGUGGCGCGUCGUGGAGUGGCUCCAUGCCCGCCAGUAG